AAGUCCAACUCUUGAUAUAGGAAAAGAAUAAAAACAGGGCUAAAAUAAAUAAAAAAUACCAAAAAAUUGGGAUUUAUAUAAACCCAACCGCUAAAGCCUAGGUGACUGCAAUCGACUCUUCUUCUGCUAAAUUGCUCUGCUGGGGUUCCAAUCCUACGCCACAAAGAUGUCUUCUCGCGACAAGAAACCCUCAAAACCUUCCGGCAGCCGAGCCGGUGGAAUCCGAACCCUUUCAGACCUGAACCGGCCAUCGGGCCAUGAUUCCGACAGUGAUUCCGAUGGUCCCCAGGAGUACUACACCGGCGGAGAAAAAAGUGGUAUGCUUGUCCAAGACCCAUCCAAGGGCAAUGAUGUUGACGCAAUUUUUGACCAAGCUCGACAGCAAGGUGCUGUCCAGGCCCCACUGGAAAAUCUUCAGCCAUCUUCAAGCUCGAGAAGCUUCGCUGGGACGGGAAGAUUGCUAUCAGGUGGAACUGCACCACCGCCAGCUGCUCCACAGCAGCCUGAGACAAUUGUCCAUAACAUUAUUUUCUGGAGAAAUGGUUUCACUGUCGGUGAUGGCCCUUUGAGGAGGUUGGAUGAUCCCGAAAAUGCUACGUUUAUUGAGAGCAUCAGAAAAUCAGAGUGCCCUAAAGAGCUGGAACCUGCAAACAGGAGAUCGUCUGUCAAUGUCAAUCUCAUAAGGAAGGAUGAAAACUACCCUGAACCGGAAGUACCCCACGAUCCAUUUCAAGGAGUGGGCAGAACUCUGGGGAGUAGUUGUAGCUCUGUAACUGGACCAGGUCCCGAGACAACUGUUGGUGCUGCUCCUCCGGUACACGGUGCACCACCCCCAGCCGUGGGCCUUGUUGUGGAUAGAUCACAGCCGUCCACUUCGAUCCAACUCAGGCUGGCUGAUGGGACCCGCAUGGUCUCCCACUUCAAUCACCACCAUACAGUUGCUGAUAUCCGCUCCUUCAUUGAUGCAUCUAGGCCUGGUGGGUCCAGGUCAUAUCAACUCCAGACCGUUGGAUUUCCUCCCAAGAUUCUUGGUGAUCUGACUCAGACUAUCGAACAAGCAGGCUUGUUGAACUCGGUGGUCAUUCAGAAACUCUAAGCAGGCGCACGAUUGUUUACUCUCUCUUUUUUUUUUCUUUUUCUUUUUUUAAUAUCCAUGGUUGACUAUGACUAAACUUGUUGAAUUCAUACUUGUGUUUCUAGAAGGAAAAACGAUAUUUAUUGAAGUUGAAUGCAUAGAAGAAGGUACUCUCAAAAUGUUUUUCCCCUGUUUUGAAGUAAGGUUAUUUGAUAUUUUCAGGAAUAUAGUAAGUACAUUGUGCUGGUUGCUCAGGUAUGUAGCCUGUGUGAUGCUUCCUUUCCUUGUUGAAUAGGAAUGGGAAAAUUUAUUCGAA